CCUCGCUGUUGUGUUUGAGUCUUCCGGUUGGUCCGGUCUGACGUCUCCUUACGUCGCCGUUACGUCACCCAGACGAUGCGGAAGUCGAAGUCACCGUGGAGAAGGUAAACUAAUGUCAAGCAUCCGCCUGGAAAUCAGAAAAAGCUCCAGAAGAGACGAAGAAGAGCCGAAGAGGAGGCUGAGCCCGGCGGACCUUCAGCCCCAGCUGCACUCUCACCCGCCGGCAUGUAGCGUAACUUAGCUAGUCGUUACUCCGUCAGUUACCCGUAACAUCUGCCUGCUCCGCGGUCGUUACCGACACCGUUACCGUCAAAUGGACCCACCGGGUGACUCAGAGUCCACGUCGGUGCUGCUGCGGUGCUGCACGGGUCACUAGAACGCUGCAAGCGGCACCACAUCCCGCUCUCUCCUGACGACUUCCUGUUGGCAGCAGUCCUGUUUGACUCCGCCCCCAGGAACUCAGCAGCUGAAGGGAGCAAACAGCAGAUGCUACAGACGGAGUCAGCAGGAGUAUAAUAAUAAUCCAUAAUAAUCCAUCUGAUACGUCUCUGUUUGGUGCUGGAUUCUCCUCUCAGAAGGCUGUAACUGUCUUCAUUAACACAAAAUGGAGGAAACUAAUGAUGUGAGUUGAAAAUGUGAAACCAGUCAGACGGUCUGAGAUGUGACGGGAGCUCAGCGGCCUCAGGACGGCAGAGACACUGACCUUUGAUUCACAGCUUGAGAGUAAAGAGAGAAAAGCGAUCUGAUGACAGUCUGUUGGUGAGAAGUCAGUCUGGUUAUUUUCUCCACCUGGAACUGGAACAAAUAAUAAACCUGGUCUGGAGUUACAUCGUCACACGUUAGCUGACCAGGGAUCAGCCAGAAUUUCAUCAAUCUAAGGAACGGAUGAAGCGGUGAACUCAUCCAGAGAUACACCCGGCGUCACUAUUUUCUGAAGGAGAAGAAGAAGAAACGGGAAACACGAGAAGCUGCAGAGACGCCGGUCCAGUGUCCUGAUACUGGACGGGUCUGAACCUACACACACACACACACACACACACACACACACACACACACACACAAAUCAGCUGUGUGUGUGCUGCCAUCUGUCAGAGUGGCUCAUCAUUGGCUGAUGGCAGCAGGUCUGCAGGCAGCAGAGGAUGUGAUUGGCUGGCAGGCUGCCCAGAAGAAGGGGCGGGGACAUCAGCUGAUUGAUUGAGAUCGGAAAUGGAGGAGGAUGGGGGAGGGAGGAGGAGGAGGAAGAGGAGGAACUGGAGGAGGAGGAAGAGGAGGAGCCGGGGGAGGAGAAGCUGAGUGGAGUCUGUAAAUCCACGAUGAGCCGGCUCUGCUGCAGACAGCAAGUGUUCCCGGAGAGAGAGAGGACGAUCGAACGAGGUUACUCCAUAACACAGAGAGCGAGAGAGGGACGGGACGAGCGAGGCAGAGGAGGUUACCACGGCAACUCAGGAGACGUUGCUGCAGCGGCGGUGAGGACAGCAGGAGGACACACAGGUUGAAGACAUGAUGAGAAGAUGGAGGACACACCUGGUAGUCCAGUUCCACCUCUGAUCCUCAUCCUUGAUUGGGUACCUGGAGGUCAAAGGAUCCUUUGUACAAAUAGUGAAGGCUCAAAGAAAAAGGAAGACAUUUAGGUGACUAAGGUGUCAAAAUGGUGUCAAACGCAGGUAAAGUCCUCCACCUGUAUGUUGAGGUGAGGUCUGUUGAUGAGGAGGAAGGGAAGGUGCCAGAAGAUCGGACUGGUCACCUGAUGCUCCCGUGCCCAGACGUCCUCCCUCACUCUCAGAGGAGCUCCACCCGCUCCAGCCCCAACCGCAGUCCGGAUCUUUCUCCAGUCUCUCAGCACCGUAGCGGGGUUGGAGGACACAGUUUAUCUGCUCCUAAGUCCUCCUCCAGGCACACAGUCAGCUUUCAACUUGCAAACCCUGAUGCAACAGGGUCUCCCACCCAGGUCCAGCGGCAGGAUGUGUCGUAUGACAGUUUUGGUCAGCUGCUCCGUGUCCUUGCACCUGCAAUGACCAGUCCAGGCCAGUGUGGCUCACUUGGACCCUCCCGUCCCUCUGACAUGGAUCCCUACCAGGGGAGAGUGCUUACCUCACCAUCUUCCACUUCAUCUGGGAGGCUGACUGUACCCUCCACACCCACCAACCACAGCUUGUCCUAUGAGGUCCCAGAGGUGGGGGGUGAGGAGGGGAAGACAUCUGUGGUGUCCUAUGGCUACAUAGAGAAGUCUAAUGUUCACAGCUUCAGGGGGCGCCGUACCUCAGUGUGCCAGAGUGAGUUGGACCAUCCUCUGAACAGAAUGGAGGGGCAGCUGCUGCCCAACCAUCUCCGGAAGAGGCUGAGCGACCCAGUGUGGUACAAUGGUCAGCCAGGGCAGGGCGAACCUUACCCCAGUCACCCCUACCCGUCUCAGAAUCAGUCUCCACGUGGCUCACCUUACAUGCAGAGAGCUACAGCGGAUGCAGUUGCCAGAGAUGCCACCUACAGGGCCUUGGAGGAGUUUGGAUCCCCAGAACUCAGGCGUAGAUUUGCUGGUCACAGCCCAGAGAACUGCAGCCCAACCCUGCCACGGCACUACCAGUAUCCUCGCUGCCGGUCCUGGGCCGGGUCUCCUGUCCUGCCCCGUAACACCCUCACCCUACCGUCCAAGACCCAGCUGCUGGGGCUAGAUAAGGGCGUCUGCCGUGGUUCACUGAAUGGACUACCUAGAAGUCCUGCCUCUGACCAACUAUGUGCCCACUCAGGGUACUCCACCCAAUCAGUGGCUCCACCCUCUCAUUUCCCGCCCCAGAGCUACCAGAGGCCAUGGGUGGGGGACGAGAGCCCCAGGUUAUCCAGCAAGUUUCAUCCUCCUUUACCGGCAGGGAGACCCACAGACAUCCAACAUGAGAUCCCAGCACACCACUACCCCACCAGCAUUCACUCUAGGACUGGCUAUCAAGUUAUUGGGAACCCCCAACACACUAUUAAGACUAGCUAUGGUGCUCACAUCCCCAACACCAGCCAAAAUGCUGCAGACAGUAUACACUACAGUGCUGAUCAUAACUUGACAAACAAGACUCACUAUAAUUCGUCACGCUGCAGCAGUAGAGCCAGUGACACCGUCAGCCAAACCAAUGGAAGGAGAAGCAUCUCCCCAUCCUCAAAUGCUGAGAUGGCUUCUAAGUUGGCUGUGGAGGCUGCCAAACUGUCCACCGUCUUUGCAGACAGACGAACUCCCUCUCCAACUUCGUCUCAAGCAGAGUCACUGAGGUCAGAGAGUCCAAAGACAGGAGGGCCAUUCCUGAGAGAAUCACAACCUUAUGCCACUCUUCACAGACAAAACUCCCCUGAGCCUUCGCAGGCUGACAAACAGAACCACAGAUCCAAAACAGAUAAACCAAUCCCUCAGACCAGACCGGGACGUGUCUCACCUCUUCUAUCCCAGAAAGGCCUGUCUUUACCAGCAUCACCAGCCAUGCCUGCUAGGUUGCACCGUGCAGCCACCUCUCAGUCACCAGUCCUGGACCCACGGCACCAACAUGGGUCAUCACUUACCAAGGACACGUCAUCCCUGCACCGCUACCAGCCACCACAGUUCACUGGGCACCAUAAAUCACCUGGCAUGGAGCUGAAGCAGUAUGAUCACCUCUUUGACAGAUCACCAGGAGACAGCCCUGAACUCUCUAAGAGGCUUCUCUCCGGCCAAAACACAGAGGCUCUGUCUGUGAGCUCGGCCUCCAGGCACCAGGAGUGGAGGGAGACCGGAUCAGUACACCAUGGAGACAAACUCUGUGAAGAAAGCUACAGACAGUCGAGAGUUCACCCUCCAAGCAAAGAGGAGUAUCGCAGCAAAGUUGGGGUAGAUAAAGGAGUAAAGAUGUCAGUUCAGGGGUACCAGACACCAGUUAUCAGCCUGUCCAAGGAUCAGAGAGAGGAGGUUCAAGAUCACAGCAUGGCUGCUGGGACGUCCUCUCAAAGCUCCAGUGGGGUAACAGGCAGCAUGGGAGACAGUUCCCCGCUGGAUCGAAACAGUCCGUCACUUGAAACCUCAAGCCAGUCCAGCCAUGACACAGCAGACACCGGCUCAGGGAUACAGUCGGACAGUGGCUCAGCAGCGACUCUGUCCUCGAGAUCACAGAAGAUCGCCCAGGCCAAGUGGGAGUUCCUGUUUGGAGGGAAGACAGAGGAGACUCGCUGCAGUAAAGGUACCGCAGACACUCUGUCCGACACACCUCCAACCAGCAGCUCGCCCAGCCCCACCCCUUCCUCUUCUGUCUAUCUUACACUACCCAAUCAGAAAAGGGGGCGGGACAACGACAGUCAAAAGUUGUCCCAUCACAAGGUGCAGCAGAUCGAGGUGGAACUGACCUCUAACCCCAGAGGCUCCACCCCCAAGACCGGCAUCAUCCGCCAGACCAUCAAAUACUCUGAGACGGACCUGGACGCGGUGCCGCUGCGCUGCUACAGGGAGACCGACCUGGACGAGGUGAUGCGGGCGGAGGCCGAGGCAGCCGAGGAGGUGGACUCGGCCUUUGGGAGUAACCGCAGUGUCCUGGGAAACUCCAGCUUCAGCCCUGCUGACGCCUCCCCAAAGCCCCGCAUAGGUGGGGGGAAGGAGGAGGAAGAGGAGGAGGAGGAGGAGGAGGAAGAAGAUGAGGAGGAGGGAGUGGUGAGCUGGGCCAGUGUGCGGAUGCUGGGAGACAAACAGAGACAGAAGGCCACCAAGGAGGAGGACGAGGUGUUCAGCCUGCUGCUGCAGGGGCCGCUGGAGGCGUCCAACAGUCAUGGCGGGCUCAAGUCUCCCAUCUCCAUUGGCAGCCCCCGCCGGCCAUCCGAAAGUAACCUCGACUCUUUCAGCCGCCAUUUUGAAAGCAUCAUGGAGUCUCACCGGGCCAAAGGCACCUCCUACAGCAGCCUGGACAGCGUGGACCUACUGACAUCUGGAUCCACGUCAGUGUUCACCUUCGACCUGCCGACGCUGACCCCAGAGAUCCAGAGUCAGAUCUGUGACAGCGCCAAACAGAUCAUCGAGCUGAGUUUCGCCCCGCUCGCCCAUCCGGACCCAUCUGCCCCCUCGGAGACAUCUCGCUCCGAAAUCACCCUCAGUGCCUCGGGGGCGGGGCUCCGCGGCGGCUCCAAAGACGACUGCGGCCCACCGGUUCGAUCUAAGUCUGAGAAGGAGACGUGGCGUCGGUCCAUCCUCAAAGAUGGCUUCCGUAAGGCGAGCUCGGCACCGUCGCUCCACAACAACUCCAGGGAGCGUCCGGUGAACCGCCCCCCCGAGCUGCUGUUCCCUCAGGCGGACGUGGCGGAGCGUCUGGCGCUCGGUGGCAGCGACGACGCGCUGGCUAACGGCACGAAGGCCGACCUGCAGGCCGCCAAACGUCUCGCCAAGCGCCUGUACAACCUGGACGGCUUCAGGAAGUCCGACGUGGCUCGACACCUCAGCAAGAAUAACGAGUUCAGUCAGAUGGUGGCGGAGGAAUAUCUGAGUAACUUUAACUUCACUGGUAUGACCGUCGACCAGGCGCUCAGGAUGUUUCUGAGACAAUUCGCUCUGAUGGGCGAGACUCAGGAGAGAGAGAGAGUUCUGGCUCAGUUCUCCAGGAGGUACCGACAGAGUAACCCAGAGAGUGAGACCACCGAAGACAGCGUCCACACUCUGACCUGUGCUGUGAUGCUGCUGAACACGGACCUUCAUGGAAACAACGUGGGGAAGAGGAUGUCCUGCAGUCAGUUCAUCUCCAACCUGGAAGGUCUCAACGAUGGAAAAGACUUCCCUAAAGAUCUGCUAAAAACUCUGUACAGCUCCAUCAAGAACGAGAAGCUCCAGUGGACCAUUGAUGAAGAGGAGUUGAGGAAGUCCAUGUCAGAGCUGGCUGACGUCCGAACAGACUCCGCCUCCCACACCAUGAAACGUCUCGGGAGUGGAGGAAACCCGCUGGUGGGCGUCGCCCAUCAGGCCGAUGGCGAGCUCUACAAGAGCGGCUUCCUGGUCCGCAAAGUCCACGCCGACCCGGACGGGAAGAGAACUCCUCGGGGUAAGAGGGGGUGGAAGUCGUUCUACGCCAUGCUGAAAGGUCUGGUGCUCUACCUGCAGAAGGAUGAGUACCGUGCAGAACGAGACCUGACUGAGGAGGACGUGAAGAACGCCGUGUCCAUCCAUCACUCGCUCGCCAUGAGAGCCGCCGACUACAGCAAGAGACCCAACGUGUUCUACCUGAGGACCGCCGACUGGAGGGUGUUCCUGUUCCAGGCCCCGAACGCAGAACAGAUGCAGUCGUGGAUCACGCGCAUCAACGUGGUGGCGGCCAUGUUUUCAGCUCCUCCGUUCCCGGCGGCCAUCGGCUCUCAGAAGAGAUUCAGCCGUCCUCUGCUGCCGGGAUCCAACACCAAACUGACCCAGGAGGAGCAGGUCAAAUCUCACGAGACCCGCUUCAGGGCGGUUUCCUCCGAGCUGGCCGACCUCACGGCCUCCACGCCGGACCGGAAGGUGAAAGGUCGCGAGCUGGAGGAGCAUAAACUCCGACAGGAGUACCUGGAGUUCGAGAAAACCCGCUACGGUACGUACGCCAUGCUGCUUCGGGCCAAACUGUCGAGCGGAGACGAGGACCUUGCGGCCUUCGAAGCGCGGCUGUUUGACGAUGGCGGCCUGCAGAGGGCGCACUCCAGCCCCACGCUGCCUCAGGACACUGGCAGCAAGGAGAAGACUCGUGGGACAAAGAUGUCGAAAAGCUUAAAGGUCACAUCCUCUUCGUCCUCGACCUCUAAGACUGGUGGCAGCAGCAAAGAGGGAAGCAAGAAGAAGAACGGCGGCGACGGCGAUGGCGGCGGCGGCGGCGGGAACAACCAACAACCAGAGCCGCAGAAACAAAGCAGCAAACAGGAAGAGGCGCCGUAAUCAACUUUUAUAUAAAGAAUGUAGACGGAGACGGACAUGAAGCAUCGCAGCCCGACAUCCUCCUUUAAACCUUUUCUGUUAUACCUCAGUCACAUUCUGAUUGGCUGAGGGGAUUGUCCUCCACCGAGCUGACACAUUCGAGGUCGGUGGGAGAGGAGACGCUCGUCACGAAGGAGGACGGCUGAACCGACGAGUGGAGCGUUUUUUUUCCACACGUCGACACUUUCAGGAAACACUGCUAUGGUUUGAAAAGUGUCACCUGCAGACAACCAAUCAGCUGUCAGAGUUCAUGUCUGUCCAAACGUCCACUUCAGCAGGUCACACAGUAAAAACAGCUGGUGACUUUCAGAGUAAAAGCUGUAUUUCCUGUCAGAUCUUCAUGUCAGGGACUUGUGGAAGCCUUUAGUGUUGUAACGACGGCGCCGGAGCCGAUCAGACAGUUUGUAGCUUCUUUGGUUUGAUUCCUCUCAGAGCGACAAACACUGACCUCCAGCACCGCCGCCGCUCUGCUUCUCCUAGCAACUAACGGGGGAGCAGGUUGCCAUGCCGACCACAUAUGACGGACAGAGAGCGUGGGACUGUUGCCGCGGCAACCGAGGGAGCAAACGGGGAGGAGAGGAGGGAGGACGGGGGGGUGAGACUCUGGAGUCAGGACUCCCCCGGCCAAACAUACCGACCAACAGACAGACAAACAGACGGGAACACAAUACCUCCUCCUCCACAGCUCCCUGAGAGCCAGAGAGUGUGUGUGUGUGUGUGUGUGUGUGUGUGUGUGUGUGUAUGUGUGUGUGUAAAUACAGGCUGAACAUGCUGGGUGGAGGCUGAUCGAAGUGUCACUGCAGUUUGUUCAUUCAUGUCUGGUUUUUCAUCAGCGACACAAAACUACUGACGAGAGCUGAAUCGUCUGAAACUCACUGAAGACGUUCACAACACAGAGAUUUUUAUCUGACAUUUAACAACAUCAGCAACUGAAGAUAAAAGAGGUUCGGUGCUGCUCAGUGAACACAAAAACACACAAUGAGACAUCAACUCAUUUUAAAUAUCAAAAGAAAAAUCAACAUAAAAAGAGAUUUAAACUUUUUGAACUUUUGUGGUUCAUUUGGCUAAUUUCUGAAAUAAAAGUGUUCAGUAGUUUGAUGUGUUUGCUGGAGACGAGCAGCUCAGAGUGAUUCCUGCUGUUGCUUCAGUACUUUUGUCACUGAUGAACUUCCAGAGUUUUUCUCUUGAUGCUGGAAUCUAAAAGCUGUUUGAAUCCGUCCGUUUUCUCUUCACGCGUCCUGAUGGAUGAAACAUAUCAGAGUUUUCUUCUCUACUUAACGUUCAUGUUUCCUGAUUGAUCACAUGUUUAUCGAUCAGAGUUCGAUCGUCUGUUUAUUAAUGUGAUGAAGUCAGAAACACGUUUCACUUCAGCUGUCGAGUUGAAGAAAUCACAGAGUUGAAUCCUCUCAGCGUCUCAGAAGAGUUCAUGCAGUUUGUUGUCGGGCCACUCGAGGGCGCCGCAGUGCCACGUCUGAACACACGUUUAUAUAAACAGGAAGGAAAACCACAGAGUAAAAAUACUUCAACCAAAGUGUGACUGAAGUAUUCACACCAACAUGGACCAAAAGUAAAAGUACAUGUACUCAGAAUGAAGAGUGACGUGGAUUAUUAUUAUUGAUGCAUUAAUGUUGCAGCUGGCGGCUUAAUCAGUAAUAGUGAUCAGUGUUUCAUCAUUUGAUUUUUUCUUACAAUAAUCUGAAUCUGCAAAGUAAAAUAAACUUAAAAGAACGUAGUGGAAGUAUAAAUGAGACAGUACUCCAGUAAAUUUACUCACUUACAUUCCAACAGUGUGAAAGAUAUUCAGAGAACUGAAGUGGCCAAAAAAUCUUUCUUGACUUUCUUUUCUGUUUUCUCUGGAGAGCAAAAGACAAAAGGAACAAAUGUAUUGUAGUAAUAAUAAUAAUCAUAAUAAAAAUAAAAAUGAAUAAUGAUGAUGGUAAUAAUAAUGAUAAUAAUAAUACAGUAAUAAAAAGUAUAUUAUUGUAUUUAACUGUUGUGCAGAAGCGACAUGACAGAUGUAACUUCCUGACUCGUCUCCAGCUCCGUGUCGAUUGGCCCCUGACAGCUGGGCGUCAGUGAUGUCACUGAUGACAUCACCUCUGACUCUGAGCUCAGACUCUCUGCUGUGUUGAUGAUGGUGAAUAAUGUCGAUGUGAAUCUGAACAGAAGGAGCCUCAUGAAGAAAACAGGUGCAGUGUCGGGACUCGACCAGCAGGCGGCAGCAGAGCGUCUGAGCUGCUGUGAGUUAAAGGAACGAUCCACCUAAAAGUGUCCAGAUUAAUUCUGUUAGGCUCCAGAAACCCGAUUUUCAUGUUCCUGUCACUUUGAUCAGCUGGAAGCUUUUUGAUUUAAACAAUCUGAAAAACAAACACUGAAGGAAAAGCUGAAGCUUUGAAGCCUGCAGGAGGAAACCUGCUGUACUUUUUGUGUUGGUUGAUUCUUUUGAUCGAUGGCAGCCGAGAACAAACUGUGACGUCUGUGUUUACGUGGUUUAACUCUCUGGACUGAUGAUCCUCCAGAACCAGCGGUGCAGCCGGUUCCUGCAGAACAGGAAACAUUCAGAGACAAACAGAAGUUUGAAUGAAGCUGUUUCUGUUGGAUGGUCUGUUCGUCACACCUCACAGGUACUGACAGAACGUCUGUCUCACCUUCACUUCACAUCACACCUGAUCUGGAUCUCUGCUGUCACAUCCAGCAUGGAGGUCACAGUUAGUUUGGAUCAGUCACAUGGAUCUCACUGAGAGAAGAGUUCAGUAGAUGAACUGCAGGUCUGUUGUGCCGAGUCAGCGCAGGUGUUUCACACUCAUCAGACUUCAUUUCCCAUCAGGCCUUGCUGUCUGUGAGCUGGAGGAUGUCUGGUCCUCGUUCUCACCUGUUGUCCACCUGCAGAGUUAAAACAUCUCCCUUCUUUUCUCUUCUCUGCUCUUCUGUUCUUAAAACGGUGCCAACCAUCAGAAGUUCAGCGAUGCAGUCGAGACUGCAGCUGAUUGGCCGAAUCAGAGGACAGUUGGAAUGUGUCCCUCGUUCUGCUGGAGGACGUCUGAGUCUCUGUCGUGUUUGACGCUGGAUGUCUUGGUGCUGACCCGGGACUGCAGACAGGAACCAGAGUCUCUGAUCUGAGCGAUCGGUGUGAUCAAUCUGUGACCUCCAGCACUUUGAAUUAAGACCUGCAGUUCCCCUAACGGCCACUAGAGGCUCCACCAGUGAGUCAGAACAUGUUCAACCUUCAGAGCCAGAAUAAAGGUAAUCAAGGGCGUGGCCUCUUUGAGUGACAGGUAGCUGCAGAGUAAUCUUAGAGCCAGAUGGAACUUCAGCCCCCAUCAUCCAUCUGUUUCACCCUCAGGUGUUCAUGGUCCUGAUUCGGCCUCUGAUUGGCUGCAGUUCUCUUCUGUCACUGGACGCUGACGGUCAUGAAACUUUAAAUCCUCCUGGAACUGGACUCCUUCAGUACCUUGACGUUACGUCACCACCUCUGUUGUUAAUUAGCCAGCAGUGUCGUCGCCCUUCAUCUUCUUCAUCCUCGUCAGACUAACGUGGACCUGCUGGUUGAUGCAGGAGGAACCUGUUGGUUCAGAACUCCUGCUGCUGUUGGACCCGUCGGGUCGUAUUUACUCCUCAAGUAUCCAGUAACACUUUGUGUAUCUCGGGUGUUUGUGUCGCACUGUGCAAUGUAAAGCAGCUUCCAGCUCUGCGUCUGUGUCCAACCUUGUAAAUAAAGUUCACA